AUGGGAAGCGAACACUUAAAAACUGCAUCUUGGUGGUUCUUCGACUUAGACGAUACUCUCCACGAAUUCCGCAAAGCAUCUUCCUCUGCCGUCGACGCAACAUUACACCUCAUCAUCCAACAACAAAGCGCCCAGAACAUCACACCACAAAAAGACGCCAUCACAUUCGCCGACCUAAAAGCAGCAUACUCCAAAGUCCUCAAAGAAACCACAUCCUCCGCCUUCACAGACGGUAAAACAAGCCACGAGUAUCGCGCCGACCGCUUUAAAAGCACACUGAAAACUCUCAAUCUCUCCCUUGUCCCAGAGCAAGUAACAGAAAUACUCGACGUGUACGAAAAAACAUUGAUGCAACAUCUAACCCUCAAACCCGGUACAAUACCCCUACUCAAGUCACUCAAGCAACAAGGGAAACACGUAGCCAUCGUUACCGAAGGCCCGCAAGAUGCUCAGCAACGCACAGUUGCUGCGUUGGGCUUAGAACCGUAUUUUGACCGUUUGAUUACUACGAAUGCGGUUGGGAUGGCGAAGGUGGAUGGGUUGUUUGAGAGGGCACUGCAGACGCUGGGGGUUGAGGGGAGGGAGGUGGUUAUGGUGGGGGAUAGUUGGGAUAGAGAUGUGGUGCCUGCGGGGAAAGCGGGGAUAAGGUGUGUUUGGUAUGCGGAGGGGAGUGGGGAGGAGGAGAGGAUUGUUGAGUUUGGGGGGGAGGGGGAGGAGAGGGUCGUUGUUGUGGAUUCGUUGGGGAAUUUAAGGGGGAUGGUUGAGAGAGAGAGCUGA